AUGACAGUCACUGCGCGUGAGAAAAAAUGGUGGAAAGAGGCAGUCGUCUACCAAAUCUACCCUGCGUCAUUCUGCGACGCCGACGGUGAUGGCCUCGGUGAUUUGCCGGGCAUCAUAUCCAAGCUCGACUACGUCGCCAGCUUGGGCGUGAAUGUGAUAUGGAUCUGCCCCAUGUACGACAGUCCCCAGGUCGACAUGGGAUACGACAUUUCCAACUACGAAGACGUGUACAGACCCUACGGCACCGUUCAGGACAUGGAGGUUCUCAUUCGCGAGGCGCACGCCCGCGGCAUGCGCAUCAUGCUGGAUUUGGUCAUCAACCACACGUCGGACCAGCAUGCCUGGUUCAAGGAAUCCCGCCGCAGCAAGGAGAGCCCCAAAAGAGACUGGUACAUCUGGCAGCCUGCCAAGCACUCGCCUUCUGGCACGAGGCUGCCUCCCAACAACUGGCGAUGCAACUUUGGCGGCGGCAGCGCUUGGCAGUGGGACGAGCAGACGGGAGAGUACUACCUGCAUCUCUUCGCCGCAGAGCAGCCCGACUUGAACUGGGAGAACCCCGCCACUCGGCAAGCCAUCUACGCCUCGGCCAUGGAGUUUUGGCUGGACCGCGGCGUGGAUGGCUUCCGAGUCGACACCGUCAACAUGUACAGCAAGCCCGUCGGCUUCCCGGACGCCCCCGUCGAGGAUGCCAAAGCCCCGUACCAGCCCGCCGGUCUGCUGUACUGCAACGGGCCCCGCAUGCACGAGUUCCUGUCCGAGAUGAAUGCCAUCCUCUCAAGGUACGGCGCCAUCACAGUGGGCGAGCUUCCCCAGACCCCAGACGCGGCCACGGUCCUGCGGUACGUGAGUGCCGAGGCCAAACAGCUCGACAUGGUCUUCCAAUUCGACGUCGUCGACGUCGGGUUCGGCAAGACGCACAAGUACGAAACCGCGCCCAACAGCUACACCCUCCCCGAGUUCAAAGAAGCCAUCAGCCGGACCCAGGGCCUCAUCCGCGGGUCCGACGGCUGGACCACGGCCUUUCUGGAAAACCACGACCAGGCUCGCUCCGUGUCUCGCUUCACAGACGACAGGCCAGAGUACCGCGUGCUCGGCGCCAAGCUACUGGCGCUGAUGGAAUCCUGCCUCAGCGGCACGCUGUACGUGUACCAAGGCCAGGAAAUCGGCACCGUCAACGUCCCCAAGGAGUCGUACCCGCUGGAAAACUACCUCGACAUUGACAGCUACCUGUUCGUCAGCAUGAUCAAGGAUCGCCACGGCGCCGACAACGCGGAGGAGCUCGACAAGGCCUUCGCUUCCCUCCAGCACCUGGCCAGGGACCACGCCCGGGUGCCCAUUGCCUGGAACGGAAAGGCAAAGCACGGCGGCUUCUCGGAGGCUGCCGAAAGGGAGGGCAAGCAAGUCAAGGAACCGUGGAUGAAGCCCCAUCCCCUGGCAGGAGAGAUCAACGUCGCCUCGCAGCUCGACGACGCCGACAGCGUUCUCAACUUUUGGCGCAAGGUGCUUCAGUUCCGAAGGGCGCACGCCGACCUGUUGGUGUACGGAGACUUUCGCGACCUGCGACCCCUGGACGAGAGCUUGUUUGUUUUUGCAAAGGAGGAUGCCCGUGGCGGGGACAAGAUUGUUGUCGCUCUCAACUACUCGACGGAGGAGAAGCUGCUUGAGCUUCCUAGCGCAGAGGAGCUGGGUGUGCAAGAGGCCGCUUUUGUGCCCAUCAUGUCGACGCACCCGGGCAAGGGCACGGCCAAGGAAGGGGGGGUCUUGUCGCCGUUUGAAGGUCGGGCUUUUCUGGUGCAUGUAUAA